AUGGAGGUGAUGGCGACGCCAACAACCUGCCGCUGUUGCUGCCGCCUGAUGGAACGAUCCCUCCGAAACGCAGAUGAACAACUUGAGAAAGGCGUUCAAACGAUUUACUCAGGCGAUUCAGUGAAAAUUCACGUCUGCAAGCAGAAACGUGCCGGAGCAGCUCCACAUGUAGCAUGCACAGCAUCGUUUUAUGGAAGCAGUUUCGCGUCACUGUCCGUGUUGACAGAGGGGUUUGGAGGUGUGGACACGCGGUUUCGCUUCAAGACACGCAGCGAGGACGCACUGUUACUUCUCAUCGCUGGGGGCUCAGACUACUGUACCGUUGAGCUUAAGAGGGGAGCUCUCAAGGUCCGGCUCAAAUUAGGCGGAUCAUCAAAGGAGUUCGCCAUCAUUUCACAAGAAGGAUCAUGUAAUGAUCUACGCUGGCAUGAGGUGUCCUUUUUCUACAAGGCGGGCCAUAACGUCAGCGUUACCCUUGAUCAACAGUUUAAUACCCAUCCACUUCAUCUAGCCGCAGGUGCGCCAUCAUCAUUAGACAUACCUGGACAGAAGUCCACGGUGUAUGUCGGAGGCCUCGGGGGCUACGCAGGUCCUCUGUCAACGGGAAGGCCACCCAGUUUUCGUGGAUGUAUCGAGUCACUUUACUAUAACAACGUUAAUGUCUUCCAUAGAGCCUUAACAAAUAAUAAAAAAUCAGAUGGUGUCCUAUACGAGGUGGAAUUCGGUCAUCGAUGUCCUGUCCUCUUUGAGGCAACAAACUCGGAUGCUAUAUCAUUCACUGAUGGACAGCAGUCCUUCGUCGCACUGCCAACAAUUCCAGGAUGCUCUGGCGGCCUACAAUUAAACCUGCAGUUCCAGACGAGUUCUCCGCAGGGCCUUCUCGCUUAUCAGUCGGGUCGGAGGAGCGUGCUGGCUCUAGAGCUAGAUGAUGGGCGAGUGAAUCUAAUUUUUAAACGAAGCGGCGAGCUUAAUACACUCACAAGCCCACAGCGUGUUUCAGACGCAUAUUGGCACAAGUUACAAAUCGAAAUGCACACCAACGGAAGCGUUAUCUUUUACGUGGACACCAGUAAGAUCACGUGGGAUGCAAACUACACCCGUGGAGAAAGGCAGUCUUUAGCAGAAGAGGAUUGUUCGUUUGAUACUCACUUUUACAUCGGUGGAGUGGAUGCCAAGAACCGGCAACGAGCACAGGCACAAGGCGUCAAACCAUACCAAUACUCACUAUCAGGUUGUGUUCAUUACAUGAGAUUGAACGGCAAGAUAAGAGGACUAGAGAAUGCACUGGUGACAAAGUCCGUCUCCAAAGGCUGUGUUUGGAAAUACCCGUGCCUCAAAGAGCCCUGCGUUGAUGGCGCUGAUUGUCUUCAGGUUGGAAUAGACAGCUUUCAAUGCGUUUGCGACACUGCGAAAAUUUGUACGAAGAAGAGUUUCACGGCUAACUAUAAGGAGACAUAUGCAACUAGCGCAGACGAUGAUUCUCCAAGCGAAAAUGUUUUAGCCAUAACCCCGGUUGUGGUACAUGACGGUGGCAUUGAGCACCUUAGUCCUGAGCACAUUCAUCUUUUGGUAGAUCUUCAGAAGUUAGGUCUCCGUCCGGGUGAUAUACAUUUCUCGGUGCUCGUGGGCCCCCACCACGGCUCGCUAGCCAAAGAGCGCCUGAAGACGUCUGAUGUGAUUACUACAUUUACAUACAGAGAUAUUAGUCGGUAUCGCGUCGUGUACACGCAUGACGGCAGCGAGGCAGCGAAUGAUAGCAUCGUUCUUGAGAUGAGCGUCGCGCCAUCGACGCUCCUACUGCAACGCCUGCCGAAAGCACUUUCCGAGAAGAUUCAAUUUAUGCUGCACAUCGCCAUCCUAGCGCAACAGAAUUCGCCAACGCACGACUACGAUACACAAGUCGUGUUCACAUUGGCACGACACACAAAAAAGCAGCUGACCAACGAUCUGCUAAAGAUCGACGAUGUUCAGUUUGUCGAUGAAGGCGCUGCUCGCUUCAUGGUCCACAUUGAAGAGGCAGAGAAUACUGGGUUCGUUGACAACUUCAAGAACCCCGGCGUCGCUCUAGACAAUUUCACUUUUCACGAUCUCAAACAAAGCCUAAUCUGGUACAAUCAUCGAGGCAACGCUUCGUCGACAUCGUUUGGCCUCUCCUACAACUCGCCGUCAAUGACGAAAGAGAUCCUCGUCGAUGUGCGGACAUUUCCGCUCGACAUCACUUCAGUUAACAAUACCGGUGUCAAAGUAUCACAUGCGACGCCUACAAUCAUGACGAACCAGAUGUUGGCGUUCGUGACAAACGCGCCCGAACAGGGUCUUGACAUCCGCUUCGACAUUGCAACAGCACCGAAGUACGGCACGAUUCAGCGACUUAAAAGCAACUCUGUUUGGACCAACACGACGCACUUUUCGCAGCGGCAGUUGACCCGUCACAAGGUACGGUUCGUGCCGACGCCCCAGGCCGCCAUCGACAAGCCUGUGGAGGACGCACUGGUGUUCACCGUGUCCUGCGAAAAGGCCAAGCUGUCGACCCUGCACCAGUUCACGUUAAGUUUUACCUCCGAUCGCGUUUUCGCGGCGACAAACAACACACGGGUUGUUUACGACACGCGGCAGAUUGUUCUCACUGAGCGCGAUCUUCGCUAUCUGGACGGAUAUGCCGACUCACGCAUCGCAUAUACGUUGACAGCCACACCAAAAUUGGGUCGGCUGUUACUCAACGGGGUCGUGCUCUCGGUCGGCUCGAAUUUUACCCAGCGGCAUCUCGCCCAGAAGAACCUCGUCUAUCGACCGUCGAAAUCGGUCAUCUUCUUCGAGGACUCGUUCAAGUUCAACGUGUUCUCAAGCAACCCGGCGACGGCGGGUCUCACUGGACAGACGUUUACCCUUCGGUCGGCGAAUAGUGAUUUGCUGAUUGUAGCUAACAUGCGCGUACCCGAAGGAGAACGGCUGGCGUUCAAACUGGCGAAGGAAUCGCCAAAGAAGAAGCUUGUUAUUAAGAUCACUGGAGAACCUUCGCACGGCGCCAUUGAACGUAGCGAAGAAAAGGGCCAAUUCCGGGUAGUAACGGAGUUUUCUGCGGAAGCCGUGGCAGCCGGUGAGGUAUUCUACAAACACGAUGACAGCGAAUCCGCGCGGGAUAAGGUCGUGUACGAUGUCGUUAAGGAAAACUCGACAGAAGUUCUGCAAACCGGAGAGGUAAACAUCGAUAUUUCUCUGAAGAACGACAACCCGCCUCGAAGAACUCAGGAGCAAGUGUUUCAUAUUGCGUAUCAGGCCGAAAAAAUCCUUUCAAAUAUGCACCUGCGCUAUGAGGACGCUGACACGGAUACGGAUCCUUCAAAGAUCACCAUCAGCAGAAAAGAGAUUCCCAACGCAAUGUUAGUCAGGAACGACGACAGCCGAAAAGAAGUUCAGCAAUUCACGCAGAAGGACAUCGAUGAUGAAAUGAUUCUCGUCAGACAUACCGGUGGAGAUUACGGUAGAGCAAUAUUUUGGAUCUCUGACGGACAGUUUUAUGCUACGGGCAUUCUGGAGAUUGUGGCUUCACCGCCAUACCUCAACAUUACGACAAACACGGGACUUCUACUGGAACAAGGGUCGUCUGCCCCGCUGUUGCCAAGUAAUCUAUCGAUUGACACGAAUCUUAACGUCAAACCUUCUGAGGUGGUGCUUAAGGUUAUGAGAGCACCGACGCUUGGGAAGUUACGCUUUGCCCAAAGCAGCGAGCAAGUCAUCAACAAAUUCACGAUGCGAGACGUUCAGGAGGGUAUUAUUGAGUACGUUCACACGUCUCCAUCGAAAGCCGCUUACAAUGAUCGCUUCGAUUUCAACGUGGUGGCCCUAGGAGUGACGAAGGAGGCGUCUUUCAAAAUCACGGUCUACCCGAGCACGUUCUGGACGCCAAUGCAACUCAAGGCCGGAGGAGGGAACGCUACGUUGUACCUGGAUGCGGGUUCGAUUGCAACUGUGAGCCGUACAUACUUGAACGUGAUCCACGAGACCCUUGAACCGGAAGAUAUAAUGUUCAGUCUUGCAAGGCCGCCACGCCUUGGACAGCUGCUCAUAAACGGAAAACCUAUCACUUCAUUUACUCAAACCGAUGUCAAUAAAGGUCGUGUGAAAUACGUCCACUCGGGAGCUCCAGGCGUUGACGGCUUCGUAGUUGACGCUUCCAAUGGCUUCAGUCGAAUGGCAGGUAUUGAAGUGCGACUCGGGGCAAUACUAAGAGACAUUUCUCUGAGAACUCAAAACCUCACUGUAGAAGAAGGAGGGCAGGUGACUAUUACUGUUGAGUACCUGUCGCUACCAGCAGAUGCAGGAAGCCCAGAUGUAAUUAGCGAGUAUAUUGUAAUUGAACCCCCGAAGCAUGGCACUAUUGUGACCAAAGACAAAAGCGUGGUAAAUAAUUUCACUCCAAAGCAGGUUCAGAAAGGCGAGAUUGAAUACGAACACAAUGGCGAUGAAAGACUCAUUGAUUUUUUCACUGUUAUCGGACGAGCUAAUGCCCUCGGAAAAGAGACCGCCCCAGCUACAAUACAUGUCAAAAUACAGCCGGUGAACGACGAGAUCCCACAAAUUGUGGAGAACGUCGGUUUGGAAUUAUGGGAAGGCGAGUGGGCAGUAAUAACCAACGAACGCUUAGCCGCCGUCGACGAAGAUACGCCACCUGAAGAUGUACGCUUCACGCUGACCCAGCCCCCGAGCAACGGUUUCGUAGCACUGGUUACCAACAUCGGUCAACCAAUUUUGACCUUCACGCAGGCCGAAAUUAACCGAAACGUGAUCGUAUUUUCACACACGGGUAAGAAACGACCACAACAUACAUUGCUUAAAGAUGUUUAG